AUGGCCACGCGUGUCAACGCACCUAAAAAGGUCCGCCUGGCCUGUCGACGCUGUCGGGUCCGUCGCAUCAAGUGCGAUGGUCAAGUACCUGCUUGCACCAACUGCGCGAAGGCCGGGCAGGUCUGUUUAGACGUGGACAGCCAGAACUCUGACGUUGUCAUUCCUCGCAAUUUCGUCUCUGCCGCCCGCGAAAGGAUACGAUGGUUGGAAGACAUCAUCAAAGAGCGUCUACCAGACGUAGACCUCCGGUCUGGCCCUCAAGUUGAUGCUUCGGCUGAUCCAACAGCACCCUCCCAAGAUGAGAGGAUCCCGGAAGAUGCAGACGUCUCAACAUCGUCAAUCCCACCAGUGACAACAGUCUCACGCAAGCGAUCAGCAGAGGCGUCGGGACAAUCUGAUCAAGAUGAAUCCUUUCCAGAACGCGCCCAUUCUGUCGCCGUCAACCUGGGCAUGCUUUCUCUCAAUAUCGAUUCACCUCAAAAACACUACCUUGGCUCAAGCUCGGGGCUUCUCUUCACAAACCUCAUCGGAGCAUCCCCGCCGAGUGUAGAGUCCACGCCCCAGGGCCCCCAAGGGGAUAAGUAUGCCGGAGAGCUUGAAUGGAGUGAUGAUGUCGUUGCGCAAGAUCAAAACAGGAAGUAUCAUCGAGAACUUUACAAUCUUCUGAAACAAGAACUACCGUCAAAGCAUAAUGCUCUCGUAUUGAUACACGCAUACAUCCGUUGGAUCCAUCCCGACUUCCCCUUCCUAGAGCCCCUCUCUCUAUUCAGUGCCGUUGAAGCCAUAUAUUCCUGCCUUGAUGGCAUUCUGGAAUGCGAUAUCUCUUCUCACGGAUGGCCUGCUAAUAUGCCACCGUUUCGAUGGAACGGAAGAGUGGUAGUCCCCCGAGUCUCCAAUGAGGAGGGCGUCACAAUGUCAUCGGUUGCUUUUAUUCUCUUUAUGGUCUUCAACAUCGGUGCCCUGGUCAAGGUGCGCUCACGUAACUACGACUUUCCGCCACAACGCUUUUACCGUGCUGCCCUUCAUUUUUCGAAGGAAGGUUUUGCACAUAUUACCUUGUCCUCAAUUCAAUCUUUGAUGAUGCUAGUCAUGCAUGGUAUGCUUACGCCAGCAGAGGUCAACCUGUGGACUUUGGUGCAUCUUGGGCUUGCAUAUUGCGUUGAGACUGGUAUACAUCGGGAACAAAGCCAGCCGAACCCAGACGACUUUGCUAUGCUGCAAGUCAGACGCUUCACCUUUUUUACGAUAUACUCCCUGGAUAGGUCCAUUUCAUCAAUACAGGGAAGGCCGCUUGGCUUCAGGGACGAAACAUUCGACGUCAAGAUACCAGAAGCGUUAUCGGAUCCCGACGAGAAUAUGCAGGGGCCACUUCCGCCAUCGUUCGUAACUGCAGUAACCCAUUACUCGUCAUACCAUUUCAGAUUGGACCGUAUCGUGUCCGAUAUUAAGCUUCACCUGUAUCACCUGCCCGGUGAUUCUAGCUUCUUCCCAUGGCCGGACAAUCCCACGGAACAACAGACCAGGAUUCAGCAGACUUUGCAAAAUUGGUGGGAGGAGGUCUCAAACGAUGCAUUUGAGUAUCCCAGUCUUGAUAACCGACAACGGGAAGUCUGGAAGAUAAAGCUCGGACUGAAGUACCAUACAACGAUGGUCUUACUCUUCCAACCAUCCCAGGUCAUUCGGCAACCCGCUUCAGAGGCGCUUCAAGUCUGCUUUUAUAGUGCAGCUGGUAUUCUAGACGGUUAUCAACGGCUCCAUGAUCUUCACGGCCUUCAUUUUGGAUGGAGGGCGGUACAGAAUAUUUUUGCAGCUGGCGCGACCCUGAUCUACUCAUUCUGGACGUCGCAAGCUGUUCGGGAAAAAGCAUCACCAGAGACAAUGUCAAAGAAUUUGCGAAGCUGCUCUACCCUCCUCACAAUCGGCGGCGAGUGGUGGCCAUCCGCAAGAAGUGGUCAAGCCAGCUUUGGCUCAGUCGCAGACCUGACUAUGAAGAGACUGUACAUGGCGGAUGCAUCUAACAAAGCUCCGCGACUAUCUCUACAGCAAACCGCUUCCGGUAGACCAAGAGACGGAGCCGACAUUGAAGCAACCGGAACUCAGAAUCAGCCUCAAUUCUCUGACGAGAAUGGCCAAGCAGUGGCGAUUGACACAAAUGCAGCGUGGCAAAACCUGGACCUGGAUGCUGGACACAACCCAGACCAAUUUUACUGCCCGUCAAUUGAGGGCGGAUUCGACCCGGAAAUCGAAAUGUUCCUAGAGGACUUCAACAGAUCCGAUUUCACCUGGAGCUUUCCACUUAAUGACAAUCAAGAUCUAGACCUCUUUGGAACGGACUCAAACCCAGGCUUCUGA